CUUGUUUGAAUAAUCAGUCGAGCUGUUCGAGAAAAACCAGUUGCCCAUGUUCUUACAAACGUAAAACUGAACCCGUUCCUCGGGUUUUCCCCCCAUUGAUAUCUUACGCUAACGUUCACCAGUUAAAUACACGCUUGCUCGAUUACAAGACAGUAGACUUUAAACCCGCGAUUGUUGACGACGUUGAAAUGAAACUAGCAGCGUUGGUAAUUGUGCUUCUUUUUGCGUUUGCAGAUUGUUCACCGGCCCGUGAACUAUUUGAAUGCAAGUCAGGGCAAGAGUUCAUGCAGAACGACUGCAACCACUGCUACUGCCUGAAAAAUAACGAGCUAGUGUGCCGCAUAAAUAAAUGCCAGCACGCCGAAAGUAAGCAAGCGGAGCAGUGCGUAAGCGGAACGGUAUGGUCGAAGGGGUGCAACAAGUGUUGGUGCGUCAUAUCUGGUACUGUGUGCACGAACCACGAAUGCUAGUACUCUUCAAAGAAGAAUUCCUCUCAAUCAGCUGUGAUAUCACUAAGAAUUAGGCAAUAUUUGUAUAGUGUAGCUAAAUUUAGAAAAAUUGCGAGUCGCUUGGUGGAAGUCCAAACAGGAAGUACGUCAAGGCUACUCGAUUAAAUUAAAUGAAAUCAUCAUAAUGAAAUGUUAAUUAGGUUUCUUGGUAACUAUAAUUUAGACUAUUUUGGAAGAGUCGAAGGUCAAUGAGCCCCAAGCUUUAGACAAUGUGAUUUAUUUUAACAUUAAAGAUCGUUCACACUCUGUAAUAAUAAUUUAGUUUUUGCAACAAAGCGUACGUAAGUAAAAGAUACAAAUUGUGCACGGAAUAUGGCAUGCGAAAGGAAGAUGAAUAUAAAUGAUGACCUAAAG